AUGACAUAUGCAAAUAUCAUUGUUAACAAUCCUGAUCAUGAGUUCGAUACUACUGAUGUUUCUCCAUGCAUGCUUCAUUGCAUGUUUUCAGUAGUUGUUAAUCAUAAACCUAAAAAGCUCGAUGAUUUCAUCCAUUUCAGUGUAGAAUGUACUGAAUAUAAUUCUUUCAUCGGCUCAAAUAUUAAAAUAGGCAAUACGUAUUUCAUAUCAGGUCUCUUUAAAUUUUCAAUGUCUGGUAAGAUGAUGAUUGAGGCAACUGAUAUCGACUAUUCGAGAACAUCAACUAUCACCCAUAGCGCAUAUGAAAAUUACUCUUCGACAACUCCCAAUACUCGGUCAAUUAUCAAUGACAUUGCUGAUUAUAUUGAAUCUGCUUCAACUCAAGUUCUGAAAGUUGUUGAACCUAUGAUCCCCUCGGUUAACCAUGUGCUGCCACUAUCUCAGGUCCAUCAAAAAAUCCAACAACCAUUACAAAUCCUGAUGUGCAAACUGAUUUAUUAUGAUGACUUGGAUUCUCAAGAUGAAGAAAAGCAAUCAGAUUGUAAUGACAGCAAAAAAGACACAGAAUUAGAUAAGGAAGAAAGUCUACACAAGAAAAGAAAAAGUGUUAGAAUAACUGAAACCAAAUCCAAAAAAAAAGCAAAAAAUAAAUUGAAUUAA